CAUCGCGCAUUUCAGCAAGCUCUGCAAAUUCAUUCGAUUUUCAGAAAUCCGAGCCAAGUUAGGGAAAUAUGAGGGAAAUCCUUCAUGUUCAAGGUGGACAAUGUGGCAACCAGAUUGGUUCCAAGUUUUGGGAGGUUGUUUGCGAUGAGCACGGCAUAGAUCCAACUGGAAAGUACAUUGGUACCACGGAUCUGCAGUUGGAGCGUGUAAAUGUUUACUAUAACGAGGCUUCAUGUGGCCGAUUUGUUCCUCGUGCUGUGCUCAUGGACUUGGAGCCUGGUACAAUGGACAGUGUCCGAACCGGUCCUUACGGUCAGAUUUUCAGGCCAGAUAACUUUGUUUUCGGACAAUCUGGUGCUGGAAACAAUUGGGCAAAGGGCCAUUACACUGAGGGAGCUGAGCUUAUUGAUUCCGUUCUUGAUGUUGUGAGGAAAGAGGCUGAGAAUUGUGACUGUCUGCAAGGUUUCCAGGUGUGCCACUCCUUGGGUGGAGGAACUGGUUCUGGGAUGGGUACCUUGCUAAUCUCAAAGAUUCGAGAGGAGUACCCCGAUAGGAUGAUGCUUACAUUCUCGGUGUUCCCCUCGCCAAAGGUUUCGGAUACGGUUGUGGAGCCGUACAAUGCUACUCUCUCUGUUCAUCAGCUUGUCGAGAAUGCCGAUGAGUGUAUGGUCCUUGAUAAUGAGGCUUUAUACGAUAUCUGCUUCAGGACUCUCAAAUUGACGACUCCUAGCUUUGGUGACUUGAACCACUUGAUCUCUGCAACCAUGAGUGGAGUCACUUGCUGUCUCAGGUUUCCCGGUCAACUCAACUCCGACCUCCGAAAGCUUGCCGUGAACCUGAUUCCCUUCCCUCGUCUUCACUUUUUCAUGGUCGGGUUCGCUCCUCUAACCUCCCGCGGUUCCCAGCAGUACCGUGCUCUGACUGUCCCCGAAUUGACUCAACAAAUGUGGGAUGCAAAGAAUAUGAUGUGCGCUGCUGACCCAAGGCACGGUCGCUACCUCACUGCAUCAGCAAUGUUCAGAGGCAAGAUGAGCACUAAGGAAGUCGAUGAGCAAAUGAUCAAUGUCCAAAACAAGAACUCAUCCUACUUCGUGGAGUGGAUUCCGAACAACGUGAAAUCCAGCGUCUGUGACAUUCCGCCUAGAGGACUGUCAAUGGCAUCCACCUUCGUAGGAAACUCGACCUCGAUCCAGGAAAUGUUUAGGAGAGUCAGCGAACAAUUCACGGCUAUGUUCAGGAGGAAGGCUUUCUUGCAUUGGUACACCGGUGAAGGCAUGGACGAGAUGGAGUUCACCGAGGCUGAGAGCAACAUGAACGACCUCGUGUCCGAGUAUCAGCAAUACCAGGAUGCCACCGCCAAUGAGGAAGGUGACUACGAGGACGAGGAAGAGGAGGACGAAGAGCACAUGUGAAGAGGCGAAUGCUUGAACGAAGCUGUUGGUAAUGUAGCAUACGGUAUAAUGAUUUUUCGAGCGUGUUUGGCAUUCCAUGUAAUGAGUAAUGAUCGAGUCUUUCAUUUUGCCUUUGUUUCAGCUUGUGAGUUAUGUACGAUUAUUGGAUGACUGAAAUAUUUUGAAAGUGGUAAUGGCAUAUCUAUGUUUGCAGUUA